AUGUCCCCGCGCUACUCACCAAUAGAGCAACUAGCUGUCGAGCGGUGGAGAGAGCAGGUUAGCUAUCGAGUAAAGGCACGGAUAGCCCUUUGCCAGACUUGCAAACCCGAUGCGAUACAGAAAGCGAACAACGAGCGACCACCCAAACGUAAACGUACAGAGCACGAUGUGUUUCAGAUACCCGAACUACUGGAUAUGAUACUGCAGUUCGCCGGACCUGAAGCCCAGGUUCGCGCGUUGCUCCUGUCGACUGCCUGGCGCACCUCCGCAAUAUCUGUUCUUCGCAGUCCUACAAACGUCGACGCGUUUCGAACCCUGCCAGUCUAUGCACUAAUAGAUUAUGGACAGAUUAUUGAUUGGGAGAGCGAGACCCCGCUUCGACCUAGCACUGACGAAGUCGCGCAAUUUUGUCUACACUUGGCGCGCAUACGCGAUAAGCCUUGUCAUCCGCGAGCCCAUAGGCUUCUCUAUUUCCCCGCGUACUUCGCACAGUCGCCAGAUCUACCGGACACAGUUACACACUAUCUGAACGGAUUGGAUGUUGCGCAACGGGGCGAACCCCACAUAGACGUACAGUCGGUCACUCGUGACGCAAAUCUUUACUGGCUCGAUCUUAGCCAGUUUCGAAUCAACCCGUACUUCGAGAUGUUAUUCUCCGACGAGGACCGCUUCAAACAUCACCUAGGCCGAUGGGAAAUUAGUCUACGUGUGGAGGCUACAUCCAACUCUCUUUUGAUCGACGACUCGAUUUCGAAUCAACUUCUUGUUCAGGCUAUUAAGUCAAUGCAGAUCGUGCACCCGCCAUGUAAGAGUCUUGGCAUCUAUUACUACGAUCACGGUAGAUUCAAGAUAAUCGGAACACACCUGCUUAUGAGAAGACUUCGCCGAGAAGACGGCAUUCGUGUGAUCGAUCUCGUAAGAGCACUAUCCGAAUUGGCCCCUGCUUUGCUAUCGACGUGGACGCGCCAUGCGGAACGACUCCGUGACCAGAUCAAGGACGCGCACUGGAUCGACGACCUCUGGAAGGUCCCCGGAAAACCGAGAUUCCGGAUCUGUUUAGAUAAUACAGAUAUGCCAGAUGACUAUUCCCCAGAAAACCUUCCACGAGCCGCGUUUGUCUCGCGAGAGUCGGCAGCCGUAGAUGUGCAAUUGGGUAUGGAGGCUCACAUCACUCGUCAGCCGUACAUGUUCGCCGAACAAUUCCGAGGAACGAGGGAGGGCGAAUGGCUCCCGAAGGAGCUCUUUGAACCCAUGAAAAGCGAGACAGCUCGGCAUCCGAUCGAGUGGAACAAGUGA